AUGUCGACAAGUUUGUCUCUUCAGAGGUCUUCAGGGCGUACAACAAAGAGAAGACGUUCGAAGCUCUAUCCCGGAACCCAAAGUACCGGGUUUGCCAUGACAAUUCGUGCGGCAACGGGCAGAUAG